UUAGAUUGUUAGAUAAUAAACCAUAUUUGAUCAACUUCAAUAUUUGGCAAAGAGAUUCAAAAAUGAGGAAUUCAGUUAUAUUCAUCUGUUUCCUGUGUUCCGCGUUUCUUGUGGUUCCUGGUUCCUGUUAUUUCAGCAAAUUCCUGAACAGAAUGCAGAAAAAUUGGAUGCAAUCCUGGGAGAGAAUGCGAGACCAGAAUCUCAGACCACGCCUCGUUGCUGAACUUCAUCUUGAAGGGAGCCCUACAUUUGUCCAGAUGGUCGAGGGACCCCGUAACGAGGUGGAACUUGCAGUCAACAUGCACAACUUGACCACGAAUGAAGUUUCUCUGUUACGUAUACGUGACGUCACGCCGUGGUUACGUCAUGAAAAACCUGCCAAGAUAAGCACAGUGGGUAAAAACAUUGGAUGGCCUAACUCCGUUGGAAAAGUAGAAGGGAGUAUAAUGCCCGGAAGCACUGAGGACAUCUGGUGGGCGAGUACGGUGUUCUAUCUUCCCCAAGAAGAGGAAGGCAGACUAGUUUUCCUGCCAUUGAACGGGACCGUGACGGAGCUGCCAACCGGAACAGAAAUUACCCAUAAUCCAAUUCACAUAUCAUCGGGAACAAACGGGAAGAAUUGGUAUUACUCCGGGGUGAAGUGGAUGGAUAUGAACCAAGACGGCUGGCCUGAUAUUGUGACGUCAAGAUCACGUGGUAUGCCCGGAUCAAUCAAAAUAUCUGAGCUGGUUUGGUUUGAACAUCCGGGCUAUCGUUAUCUCGUGUCUUCAGUACGAGGAAAUUGGCGCUCUCACCCCAUUACUCACGGACCAGAUGUCGCUUUUGAAGUUCUCCGUAUACCGCUACCUAGUGGCGAAAGCAGACAAGUUCUGAUCGGAGCUGGGUACUGGGAUAACAAGCUGUACGUUGUCUGGACCGAUGACCCGGAAGAAGAUUGGACCGACCCGGAACAAGUUAAGGAAAGGGUCAUUGACAAUCAUGGAUGGUUCUUUGAUUUGCAACUCGCUGAUAUUAACGCAGAUGGAAGAGAUGACAUUCUUGUAUCCACGUGGAGCCACGGCUCAAAACAAGGGUCUGUGAUCGCCUACGAGAUUCCGUGUGACUUCAUACGGGACGAGUGGAGGAAGCACAUCCUCAUAGAUGGCGGACUUGCAUCUGAUCUUCCCGACCUUGGAUCUGGAGGAAAAAUUAACGCUUUUCAUCCUGUUAUUAGACAUGGAAGCCUGGACAGAAAGAAGAAACCGUUCAUCAUGGUGUCGGGUGACGACGACGGACAAGUCUAUGUUCUUGUGCCUGACUCGCCAAAGACUAAUGAUUGGAAAUACACCAAGCACACCAUCUACAAGUCAAGAGGAGCUGUUGGCGCCAUAUCAAUCGAAGAUCUGAAUCAUGACGGUUUCAACGAGAUCGUCGUCCCAGUGGUUGCAUCCAAUAAGUUGAUGAUCUUCACCUACGAACCAGCCGAGAUAGGACCCGAGUACUUUGUUGAUGAAACCAGGAAGAUGGGUUCGAUUCCCGUUGACACCGACUUCAAUUUUUAAAACUUUUUCCGAUCUCUCGUUCCACGUUUUCGAAGAAUGUUGCAAUAUUAAAUUUAUUUGGUUCCCUACCCUUCAAUUUGCGUGCUAGAAAUUUGCAUGAAAAACCCCAAAGUUUUGUCAUUUUUCCUUCCUUCUGGUCGGGUUUUGAUUUUUAAAUUUUUCUUCCUAAGAAACCUUCAACAACUGGACACGGCAUAUUAUCAACCAACUCACUAUACUACCUAAUAAAACUUGUCCAAUUCAAAUAUCCUCCUUGCGAUAGUUUCACUCUCAAUCCCUGGUUGAUGGAAAAUUCGUAGUCCACUUUUAAAAAUUCAAAAUUCAAACCCUGGAGAGACCAAAAUUUAGACCUCAAUUUCACAAUUAUGAUCUACCAAAUUAUAAUUUUAGCAAUUUCAUUUCAAAUUCUAAAACUAUAUUUUGACUGCUUUGUGGAGUUUGAAAUUCCAACUCCGGAAAGAACAAAAUUUUGACUCCAACUCCAACAAUUUAAAAAGUCCUGAUAUGUCAAAAAUCCUAUAUUUGUUUAAUUUCAAUUUGCCACGAAUUUCAAGUUACCUAAAAAUUUAAUUGAAUUAACAGUUAUGUUUUAAUUGUUUUUCAACCACCAGUAAUAAUUUGUAAAUAAAAGGAAAAAAAAAACA